GGUAACAGCACGGUCCCCCCCUGUAACCCCGUCAUGGCAGGUACAUCUUCGCCUUGUCGGCGCAUUCAAAAGCAAUAACGACGCUUUCUAACUAUUACAUACUACGUAGUAUAUUGCAUAGGUAUACCAUCGCAACUCUUUUCCAUCUCCCACCUCGCAUUUCCCCUCAUGUUGCAGGACGAAUUCGCAAUCGCUACUUAAUGCCAUGGAACGGACAGGCUCCGGGUCGCGCGCUCUGUUCCCAAAGGGUCCCAGCUUUACUAUCGACGAUUUCUCUAGCAAGGACUUCAUAGUCCGCGACUUCGUCGAUGAUCUUGCUGAAAGUGCCGUGUCUUUUAAUCGUCGUCCCGGCCAAGCUCAGCAGCCCUUCGAUCCAAAGCCUUUAAUUCGGACGUUUGAGAAUGCUCUGCAGGGUUUAGGUAAUCUAUCCGAAGAGCUACAGGCAAAGGAGUCCGAUCUUUUAUCACAAGCCCGCCGUGGAGAAAUUCAGCAUGAUCAGACGGUUGAUAUUCUCGGUCGCAAGUUAGAGCAGUCCAUCGAUCAGUUCGAAGCCCUAGACCUUACCCUUAAUAACCCGAACGGAAACGAGCGGGGCAGCCGUGGAGAGGCGGGCGGUGGGAAUAUCGCCGUACAGAUUGGAGAGAAGCUGGAGGAGCUGGAUAGGAAACGAAGGCGGGCGCUGGACGCCAACUUUCUAAUACAAUGCUGGCUCCAAGUUAGCGAAACCGGCGAGCUUACGCUGCUACAAGACAUUCAACGUCAAGGCGGCUCCGAGAAUAAAGUGAGAUGUGCCGUGAUUGCGCACCAGCUGAUGCGCAUUAGCCAAAGGCUGGACCCUAUUUCCUGGGGUCAGACGAAUGGAUUCCGGAAUGGAUUCGCCAACGGCGAGAUCGAUGACGAGAGGAGACAUAAUACCCGUGAAAUAUUGGAGAAGUUUUGCGAAACCCUGGAGCAAGAUUUACUGAAGCAGUUUAACAACAGCUACCGUAAGCAAAAUUUUGACGAUAUGAAGGAGUGCGCCAAGGUGUUAUACGACUUCAACGGAGGCGCGAGCGUGAUCGCCGUAUUUGUGAACCAACAUCAGUUCUUCAUCGACAGAGACCAACUUAUCACUGACGAGGUGACGAUGGAUGGAGAGACUUGGGACCAACUGGCAGAUCCCGACUCCGAGCCACCAGGUGUUGAGCCCAGUCUUCAGUCGCUUGUUGACGAGGUUAAAAUCGUUAUGCAAGAGGAAUCGUUUAUUAUCAAACGGGCGUUUCCUUACUACGAAACAGUCCUGAUCAAAUUUAUACAGCGCGUGUUCCAGCAAUCGAUACAACAGCGGCUGGAAUUGGUGUUAGACAAAGCCAAUACCAUUUCAACUUUAGCUUUUCUUCGAUCCCUUCACUCCUCCAGAAGUUACAUCGGUGCCCUGGUAGAGGACUUGAAGGCACAUGGUCUUACGGAACACCCGGAGCCUUGCUCGCCUCAAAUAUCGCAAACGCUAGAUCAACAGAUGGAGGAGCUAUUUGUUCCGUAUAUAGUAGGCAAUUCAUACAUCGAACGCGAGAAGAAGAGCUUGGAAGAACUAUUCAACUCACUGCUCUUCAAGUAUAAUAUUUAUCACUCAAGGAGGAAGAAAGCACCUACGGGGUUUAUGGCUUCAUUAGCCCAGCAGACCAACCAGCUCAUGUCAUCCGCUAAGGACGCAUAUCUGGAGCGGCUUGAGUCAUCCGAUCUUACUGCGACGCAGAAAGCCAUGAUGUUAAGGGUUGCCGGUGUCCAGGAAACUGACAAGAAUAAGAACGAGAUCGAAGUUUCGGAAGCAGAGGGUGUCUUGAGCACGGCCACGGCGAAGAGGAUGCUGACUUGGCUUGCUGAAAGCGUCCGGCGAACACUGGAACUGGGUAGUCCGAGCGAUACUCCAAAAGAUGUCGCUAUACUCCUGAAUCUCCUGCUGACCAACAUGGGUCAAGUCUACGUGGAGACAGCUCUGGAAGCCGCUCUUGAGAAGGCCACCUCUCAAGAAAACGUCAAGACGGAGCCAGAUCUCAGCUAUCUACCUUCAGUCCGCCCCGCCGUAACGAUCGGGAGUAUGAUGAACCGUUUUAUAAAUAUGGUGCUCAUCCGCCUCGCCGAAUCCAACACUACCGUGCGGAGAAGCAUGGAGGCCCAAGCGAAGAUGGGCAUCGAGAGCAUCGAGAAGAAAGCCAGCAGCAUCAUGAAGAGCACGGUCGACGUCAUCGUCAACUGGGUAUCCAAGUCUCUCGCGCAGCAGAAGAAGCUCGACUUCCUGCCCAAGGACGAGCUCGGCAUCAUCGACUCGCUGCAGACGCCGACGUGCACGACGACGUGCGUGUUCCUAUCGCGGUGCACGAAGCUGAUCGCACAGGCGGUCGACGGAGCCAACCUCGAGGUGUUCAGCAGCGAGCUCGCGCUCGAGAUCCAACGCCUGCUCUUGGAGCACUUCAAGAAGUUCAAGGUGAACGCGACGGGCGGCCUCAUGGUCACCAAGGACAUCGCCGGCUACGUUGCCGCCCUCAAGGAGUGGCCCCUCGCCAAGGACGUCGAGGCCGCCGUCGAGAUGCUCACCGAGAUCGGCUACCUGUUUAUCAUCGGCCCCGAGGCCCUCCGCGAGCGCUCCCGCAACCUGGCUUCUUCUUCGUCCGCGGGCCCCGCCGCCGCGGCCGCGAAGAAGCUCGCUAAGGCGGACUUCAAGGCCUUCAUACAGAGCAGGGAUGAUGCGAAGACUGCGGGCGUACAGAGCGUGCUUUCGAGCUUGUAAGAAGAUGAAAGAACGGCUCCUAGGACCUAGGUAUGGUAUGGCAUGGCACGAUAUAGCGAGGGAGAAUGAGAGAAAAACUAGGAGGAAAAAAAAAAAUACACCCGCCGGGUCAUCUAGAGCAGAACAGAAAGGAAGAAAACGAGAGAGAGGAAGGAAACCAACGUGCUGCUUUUUGGGGUCGUUUUGGAUCACGCACGUUUUAGUUAGCAAUGUACAAUUACGAGACCAAUGAUACCAAUGCAAGAAGAGAAGAAUGA